AUGUCUCGAUUUAAGCCUACACGAACGUCUUCACCCCUAAUCCGCCCUCGCUCUGGAUCCAUUCCAGCCUCCACCCCUGCAGCUAAACAACAGAUCCGGGCACCCCCACAGGACAUAUCCGCAUCCUCCACCAGAUCACUCCAACAAAUCACACCGGAAGAUGUUCAAGUUAUUGACGCAAUCAUUGAACGUGCCCCUGCAACAGCCAAGGCUUUUGUUAACGUCUACAAGGCCUAUAAUGCGGUUCUACAGGAGCGAGGCCUUGAUCCCAGCGCGGAUGUUACAUACUACGAAUUUCUGCUCAAAAUUGGGCUGCUAAAGGGAGCUGAGUGGGGUGACAAAUGGGCCUCGGCCAAAGCUCAGCUUAAUCUUGGUUCAGACAGUUUAAUGUUGGACCAAGAUGCGACCUUGCCCCCACCAUCCCCUCCUGCUCCUCCUCUCGCAGCCCUGCCAAGUUCUCUUAGACAAACACCCGCCCCUUCCACCCGCCUUGAUCGCACUCCUCGUUACAGAGCUCGUUUUGCCGAUGAGGCAACUCCUGCGCCAGCCCCUAACAGAGCACCGACUGCAACACCCAGCGUUGAAACCCCUUCGGAAACACCUAGCGUCAGCCUCCAGCGCUUACUCCGGAAACUUACUGCCGUCGAUAAUUCUAGUACGACAGGGAGGACUGAGACAUCCAGCGUUGCAACGCCUUCCUCCCGAGUUUCAAACCUCGCAGCAGCGAGGAUCGCUCGCGCUCCCCUGGAAGAUCAAACUACACCAAAACCUAUCAUCCGGCAACCUGUCCGUGUGGCCGGUUCAUCAGAUGAUAGUACUCCUACCCGCCCCAUUCCGAGUUACCGAAGUCGGUUCACUACCCCGGUUACACCUGCGCCACCUUUGGGAAAGGUUCCCCCGGCGAUCAGCAGGAUUAAGCGUGAACAAUCGGUUGAACCCGUGCGAGCUGCAGAAGAGCGUACUCCACGGCGUAGAGGGAGUGAACCAGAUACAUGGCGUAUUAUUAAAAUGGAAAAAGAUGCGGACCACUUUCGAAACGAUAGGUUGUUAGAAAAGUUCUUUGCUCUAUGGAGACAAAAUGCCCAAUGGAUACGAGAUACUAGCAACCAGAUUAGUGAGGCACGUCGGAAGUUGGCACUUCGAGAGAACUUUACAAUAUGGCUUGAUAAGGCUCGAGUUCGUGCGGAUAUGACACGACGAGCCGCUCGAGUGGACGCUUAUUUCACCCAGCGUCGUGUCUUAUUGUACUGGCGCCAGGUCUCAGAAAAGCAUCGCCGGCAGCAGUGGCAAUCCGCUAUGAAGAAACGGCUCCGAACUGUAAAGUCUGCUGUUGAUCAGAGAAUAUUACGCCAAGCUUGGCAGCGAUGGCGCCAAACCCGUGAAUCACAUAUGCCCUUGAGCAAGCGGAUGGAUUCCACGAUGCGAAAAUCCUACACAAGUGUAUUGGCACUGGAGUUCCGUGCUGCAAGAAACAGAGCUAUUGUACAAGGUGUAUUCGAGACUUGGAAGAACCGAGCUGAGCUUCGCGUUAUGGAAAGGAUGUUUGUCGACAAGCGAGACCAUCGUAUCAAAGGAGCUAUGCUAGUGAAAUGGAAAUCCAGAGCACAACUCCACAAGACUGCCCGCAAAUUUCACAACAAAAGUUUACUACGGCAUGUCUUUGUUACCUGGAAAAACAAGACCAAGCGAGUUUCGCUCAUUGAACGGCGCGCCAACAAUUACCUCCAACGCCAAGAUAAUAUCUUGCUACGAGCGGUGACCCGUGUAUGGGCUGCCAAAGCCAGAGGCGAGCAAUUGGCCCGGAUUAACCGUGCUCAACUUGUAAGGGAUGCGCUUGGGGUUUGGCGCAACCGCUUGACCGGGGUACAAUCAUUGGAAGGCAAAGCAGUACUCGCUAUACAGAAUGCUCAAAAGGAACUUCUUGGCCGAGCCUUUUAUGUUAUGCGAGACCAGGUCCGAUCCCACAAAGAGAGUGAACUUCUGGCCACUCGGCACUAUCAGAAACAACUCCUUUCUAGCGCUUUCAAGGAAUGGAGAGAAUCAACGACUUUGCUUCGCAAACAAGCCCGACAAGCUCGGAUUGCUCGUAGGUUUUUCGCAGAGCGUGCGGCGUUUGGGACUUGGAAAGUGGCGCUCACUCAAAAGCGACUCUCUAAGUUGGAAGACCAAUUGAAGAGGGAAAGAUUAAGAGGAGUGUUCCAGGUGACUUGGUCUGCAGUAUGGAGAGACCAGGUCAAGCGCCAAAUGACGUUGAGGCGUGUGGGCGACGUUGUACAAAGAACAGUUGAACAGCGGGUGAAAUACGGGGCCCUUAAGAAAUGGAUUGGCUCUGUGGUCGAAAACAAGCUACAAUUGUUGCAAGCAAUGGAUGAACGGAACACCAGACUUCAAAGGCUGGCCUUUGAAAAGUGGAGAGUCUCCUUGCAGAGGCACCAAGAGGAUAUGAGCCUGCUACGCAGUUUCCAAGACGUUCAAAGAGAAGACAUGCUUCGCCGAGCCUUUCAGCGAUGGCUUGCCGUCACGCGGCACCAACGCUUGCGGAGACAACGUCUCGAACAGAAAGAACAGCAGCUACGGUUUGAGGCACUGGGACGCGCCUGGGACAUAUGGCGGGAUAAAUUCAAGGAGGAAACCCUCAGAGGGACUGAAAGUGCUGUUCGGCUUCAGGCGCAGCGCAGCCUGGUGUUCAGCGCAUUCAGGUUAUGGGAAAGCAAAUCCAGGGCUCUGCCAGCUCUUCGCUUCUAUUCAGAAAGCGUUCGUCGUAGAGCAUUUGAGAAAUGGAAAGCCUCCCUUCCAUCGGCGAAAUUGGCCCGAGUGGCGAGAGAGUUCGAUAGAGAGCAUGUUCUUCGUAAGAUGUUGGUGCACUGGAAGGAGCGAUAUCAGACUAGGAUUGGUCUCAAGGCUGUAGCUCGUGCACGCUACUUGCGCCUACCUCCUGCAACCGCCGCGCCACGGCCAAGUGUCCUGGGGUCGGCGGCCGCGUCUCGCGCUGGACCUUCAUCUCGACCUGGGCUACCAUCAUCAUCGUCUACGCCAGCUCCAUUGGUUUUCCCCCGCCCGUCUGCCAUCAGUCUCCUCGCACGAAAGGCUACUUCGGAGCGUGCUGCCUCGUCUGUACCACCAGAGACCCGAGCCCCUUCUCCUUCACCAGCAGCUCGUGCUCGAUCGAGCAGCCCUGUUAAACCCAUUGCAGCACCCAAGCCCAUUCCUGUAGCUGUAUCGACACCUGCGCAGUCAGCUCGAUCGAGCUUGCUGUCCGGUUUCCGCGUUACGCCGCGUCCGACCCGGGCUGGAACCGCUCCAAAUGCCCUGCUGCCUACCUCUAUAAGUGGUGGAGAGGUUGACUCUGAUUCAGACUCUGAAGACGCUGAUGUUCCUCGCCCUCUCAAACCUUUGGCUAGCUCGCCAGUCAUUGAGGCGCCUGUAAGCCGCCUGGUUGGCAGAAGGAGGUUCGCACGAUAG